AUGACCCAGUACCAGUUGAACGUUGACGAGUGUAAGAAUUCUUGGCCCACGAUCACCUUCGAAGGCGGAACGAAGAAGAAAACGGAUUCCUUAGUCACGCAGGCGCACGCGCCAAUUAUAAAUACAAUAUGCUUGAUGCUGAUCACCGUGGCGGUCGCCGAAGAAAAAGCGGUCCAGAAACGUGGUCUGCUUGACUUAGGUUGGGGCGGUUCUGGUCUGGGUGGUGUUGGCCUCAGCGGACUUAGUCUGGGCGGUUGGGAUGGUGGACUUGUCGGCGGUGAUUUGGGACACAGUAAAGUCGUUGUUCAGGAAAAAGCUGUCGCCGUUCCAGUCGGUAUCCCGCAACCAUACCCAGUCGCCGUCGACCGACCAGUCCCGGUUAAGGUACCAGUCGCUGUCCCACACCCAGUCCCGGUGCCAGUAGUGGUCCCCAAGCCGUACCCAGUAGUCCAGACCCAGACGGUCCAGGUCCCAGUCGACAGGCCAGUCCCAGUCCAGGUUCCAGUUAAGGUGCCCGUCCCCGUGCCCGCCCCAUACCCCGUCAAGGUGGCAGUCCCUCAUGCAGUUCCAGUCGCGGUUCCACACCCCGUUCCAGUCGCGGUUCCACAACCCAUCCUUGUUAAGCAACAGGUUCCCGUUCUUGUUAAGGAACAUGGCUGGGGUCACUACUAGAUGAAUUUUACUCUUAAACACGCCACAAACCCCCUCAGUCUUCCACCUAACCCACC